UGUUUUUCGUGUGUCAUCCAUUUGCUUCUCAAACGUAAUCAGUCGUAAUUCCCCUCUCUUUGUGGAAACUAUGACCCGACUACAGUUGUUGUUGUACAUCCCUUGUAUAUAAAAACUACAGUAACCAGUUUACCCCGCAAAGUUCGUGCGACUCAGUCAUCCGCAUAUUUUCCGGAUGAUGUGUGCAAAAAAAAAAUAGGGCGUUGUGGAGACUCUCAUUAAUUUGCAGAGAGAAGUCUCUAUCGGUAAAGACGUAGACGGCUGGAGUGUGUCCUUAAGAGAGCUGGAAGAAAAAAGGAAAACGUCGCUUUGACUUGAUCCGAGUCAUAGAGUAGGUUAGCCAGUAUGCGCAGAGAGUGGACUCUGCCUUAAGAGCUGCAGAACCAGAGAUAAACUGACAUUUUCAUUGGCGAGACACAUUUAGAAGCCUGGAGCUCUGGGUCGCUCAUGCGCGCAUUUAGGUCAUUUACUUCUUUCUCUCGUGCACAAAGAGGAAAACUUUAACAAACACUAACAUUUGUCCAUCCUAGAGGUUUUACAUUUGCCGCCUGUGUUCGAGGCAGCCAUGGCUAAGUUAUUCCGAGCUGCUAUCAUGGGUCCACCAGGAUCAGGGAAAGGAACGAUAUCCAAGAGGAUUGCGCACAGCUUUGGCCUGCAAUAUCUGUCCAGCGGACACUUCCUACGAGAGAGCAUAGCGGCAAAUACAGAGGCAGGUGUGCUGGUGAGGACCUACGUAGAAAGAAGCAUGCUGGUGCCUGACCAUGUGAUGACUAAACUGAUGCUGCCCAGACUGGAACAGCUGAUUGACCACAGCUGGCUGCUGGAUGGUUUCCCCCGCACUCUGUCGCAGGCCCGAGAGAUGAACAAUUUGUGCCAGCUGGACCUGGUCAUCAGCCUCAACAUCCCCUACGAGACUCUCAGGGAGAGACUGAGCGACCGCUGGAGCCAUCCAGCCAGCGGGCGAGUCUACAACAUGGGAUUCAACCCACCACGAGUGCAGGGUAAGGAUGACAUCACCGGGGAGCCACUGAUUCAGCAAGAUGAUGACAAACCGGAAGCCCUGAUGGCCAGACUGAGACACUACAAAGAUGUGGCUAAGCCCGUCAUAGACCUGUACAAGUCACAGGGAAUCCUGCACUCCUUUUCCGGUACAGAUACUGACCGGAUUUGGCCUUAUAUCAACUCCCUCCUCAGCACCAAGAUGCACACACAGCCGUCCGAUGCCUUCCAAACUCAGACACACUGACAAUUCUCUAAUGGAAACGACCACGGGGAAACACCAAGACGCAGCCAGGAGAAGUGGGGUGAUGUUUCCACAUACUGCCCUCAGUUUUGUGUUUCCUUCUUUGUGAGGUUUUAGGGAACUGAUACAAAUCUUCAUUUGCCAUGUAGUUGUUCAAAUGAACGUUGUUUGCAAAUAUUUCUAGAGCUUUAUUGAUUGUGUUGAUUUCUACAUUAUUUUUGUGAAAUGUUCAGAUCGCAAAACUUUUCAUUUUUGUAAAUUGUAAUUUUAUACAAGCACGCUGCAUCAGGCAACACCUUUGUCUUUUUAUCUGCAAUUGUUCCAAUUCCAACACUUUAAAUCCAUUUAAAUAAUAGUAACGCUAAAGUCUAAAAGAAAAAGAAAAAGUUAUUAGAUAAUGCCCUUCAUUGUAACUCUCCAGUAUGAAUAUGUAAUCAUGACAACACAGGGUAAGGUAGAAUAUUUGACCAAAAACCUAAAUAUUUAGAGUCUCACUCCCACAUUAUAUGUGUGAUUACAAACUCAGUUAAAUUAUUAUAAAAAUAAAACUUUUAUGAAAUCAAGAGAAACAUUAGGUAGUAUGUCAGAUUUUAUUAAUUGCACUUUAAUUUACAUUUUCAUAAUCAAAUAAACUAUCAUGUUGUUGCUUCUAGGAUUAUACUCUCAAUAGUUUUGGAGUGAAAUGACCUAAUGUGUAAGGUGUUGUUGAGAAAAACAACUCCUGAGUUAAGUCAAAAUCAACCCGGGACAAACAUUAUUUGGGUCAAAUCUUUGCAAAGAAGUUGUGCAGGCCUGAGUCUUGUGUAAUAUGCAGUAUAUAAUACUAAUGCCUGCACGUCUGCUGUUACAAAUGCAACAAUCCUGCAGAGCUGUUUUUUAAUUGUUUGGCUUUAUCGGCUCAGUGUUUCUAUAUCAUAUACAUCAAUAACGUAAACGAUGUGCACCGUAUAAACAGCUAUUCUUUACUAUUGUACUGAAAUGCUGAAGAAUAUUAUGCAAUCUGCAACUAACAUGCAGGACAAUCUACUCGGAAGGUGCUGGACCUGAACAAGAUUUAAAAGCCAUCUGUCACCCGACAAAAUACUCUGUGGCUAGGAUGAAGACCAAUGCACAGAAUAUAGAGUGCCUUCAAUGCUGUUACAUAUCUUUUAUAUAUAUCUAUAUAUUAUAUGUAUAUGUAUGUGUGUAUAUAUAUAUAUAUAUAUAUAUAUAUAUAUAUAUAUAUAUAUAUAUAUAUAUAUAUAUAUAUAUAUAUGGUUGCCUAGAGAUUUUAAUCAUCGAAAUGUCACUGAUUAUUGUUAACAAAUAGUAAUGUUUUGCAGUGUUUGUUCAACUUUAAGAUAGUGCUGAGUAAAGUUGUAAUAGUAGGUACAUUUUAUGAUUCAGAAUCAUACUGUAUGUAAAGGUAUUAUUUUUCUGAUUGAAUGUAUCUAUGUAUAAAGGCAUUUGUGCAUGAUUGGGUUUGCAAUGAUAAAGAAAUGCAAAAUGGCUACAUACACUAACCCAUCACAAUAUAUUUUUAAUAAAUUCUUUUACGAGGUCAAAA